AUGACGCCCGAGACUGUCUGUUUGCCUGAUGGGCAGACGUACACCGUGAGCCCUGUGUUUGGUGGCGUGGCAUUCAAGAGCAACGACCUCACCCACGGGACGCACUUCCCCGUCGGCUGGAACAUCGCGCUGCACACAGAAGAAGAGAAGCUCGUCUUCGAGGAUGGCUCUACGGCCCCCGUCAACGGCGAGGGCCACGGCGAAGCGGCCGGUCGCGGUGACGCCACUGCCAUGGACACCACCGACGAUGGCUCCGCGCCAAAGCGCAAGAAGCGCGUUCGACCAUUCUCUCAGCCAACUAGGCAAAACGACACGCUAUUCAUCUCAUCACUAUCUACACCGUCGAGCCAGGAGUAUGGCCCGCCUGCGAGCCCAACCCGCCAGAUCGCCAUGAUCCUCUGGGUGAGUCUGUACUGGUACUUUCACCAACGCGAACCGUCGCCGCACAUGAGCACGGAAGCCUCCCACGAGACGCCAGACUCCGCAAAGCCCAUGGGAGAGUGGCGCAUCACCAUCCAGCGCGACGGCGUGCUGCGCGGUCGCAAUCUGAUCCCCAAGCUCGAGCGCAUGGGCCUGCUCGCCACCCAGUCGACCGACGUCGGCACCAGUCUCGAUGACAGCGACGAGACGUGGUCUCACAUGUUUGUCUCCCAGCGCAUGUUCUGGCAGCUGCCGCCGAACCUGUUCCUCUUCACCCUGAAGCCCGUCAAGGGCUCCUCGCCGUGGCCGGGCCUGGCCGCGUCCCCAAACACCAGCCGUCCGGGCUCUCCAGCGGCACAAGGCCCGGCGGCUCACUUCACUCCACGGGCGGCAUCGCCGCAGCUGGGCGUCGCGAAGCUCUACAAUGACCUGCCGGGAGCCCCCAUCCCGACAAACCUCGCCGCGGGCGUGUCCACAGUGCACCCCAUCACACCGUUCUUCUCGACAUCGCACCUACCAACCUACUAUCCGCCCCUCACGUUGCAGUACACAUUCACGGGCAACUUGCGGCACCCGCUGCGACCAAAGCCGCCUCGCAUGGGCGAGCUAUUCUACUCCCGCUUCCUGCCGUCCGUCGGACGGUACCUUUCCUUCCGCGUAGCCUCUCUGUCGCCAGAGCCCGUGCCGUACUUUGGUCCGCUCGGCCCCAAGCCGCCGGACCGCCCGGAGCUCACUUCGCUUUCCGAUGCGCAGCUUCUCGAGUCCUGGUUCGCGAAACCUCGCGUGGCCGCAUUCUGGGGCAAGUUUACCCCCGAGUUCCUGCCCAAUGCCCUCCAGUCGAACCACUCGUUCCCAGCCAUCGGUCUCUGGGACGGCGUGCCGUUUGGAUACUUUGAGAUUUACUGGGUCAAGGAGGAUAUACUGGGCAAAGUGCUCGGCGGGGAGGCGGGAGACUUUGACAGAGGCUUGCACGUAAUGGUAGGCGAGGAGUGGGCGCGGGGACGGGCGUCGGAGUGGAUGACGAGCUUGGUUCAUUGGUGCUUCACCACCGACAUGCGAACGAUGAACAUUUGCUUGGAGCCAAGGAUCGACAAUGACAGAAUCCUUAAGCACUUGGAUGAAUCAGGUUUUGGUCGUGAGAGACAAAUCUCAUUCCCGCACAAACAGUCCUGGUAUGUCCGGCUGCGACGCGAGACGUGGACAGGGCCGUUGUUGUAG